GAGGCGAGCCCAAACAGCGAACCCAUCAAAGUCGACGUACCGACGACGGACAGCCUGGGGCAGCCGCCGAAACGGCGAAAGUGUACCUGUCUGCCCGUCAACUGUACCCAUCGUCGCUUUCUUGUGAUGCUCGCCGUCUGCCUCGGCAUGAUUGUGAUGAAUUCCAUGCGGAUAAGCAUGUCAUUGACGGCAGUAAUGAUCGUCGCGUCAAGCAAAGACGGCGGCCAGGCCAGCUCGUACGAAGCGGAGUUCGGCUUUGUCCUACCCAGAAACAACAUGACCGGCUCAGGCGGCCUUCGCGGGCCCAACGUCAAGUGGAGCCCAUUGUUGAUUGGAGUACUGCAUGCCUUCUUUUUCAUCGGCUUCCUGGUAACCCAGGUCCCAGCAGGCUUCCUCACCACGCAUAUUUCUGCAACAAGGUCAGUAUGA